ACUGUAACCUCACUUACACAAGUGUUUUUCCUCUUUCUUACAGCGCUUUCAUCUCAUUAAAUCAAUAAUAAUGGGUAGUUUGAAAUCCUUGGUUCUUGCUGCUCUGCUUGUUUCGUCUCUUUUUGUUGUAUCCCACAGCCGAGUGGCCAGGAAAGAUUUGGGCCUUGACUUGGGUGGGGUGGGCGUUGGGAUUGGAGCUGGAAUUGGCAUUGGACUUGGUGGAAGUGGCUCAGGCUCAGGCUCAGGCUCAGGCUCUGGCUCGGGAUCAGGAUCAAGUUCGAGUUCGAGUUCGAGUUCUAGCUCUUCUUCUUCUGGGUCGGGUUCCGACUCUGGAUCUGAAGCAGGCUCGUAUGCAGGGUCUCGAGCGGGUUCCGGGUCGGGUGGUCAUGGAGGUGGAGGGUCGGGCUAUGGUGGAGGAUAUGGAGGGGGUUAUGGAGGAGGGCAUAGAAAAUGAAACAUCAUUAUCUUAUAUAUUAAUUAACAAGCAGAUGAUUAAAAAUAAUUGUGGUAAUGGCUGCUAUAUAUGUAAUUAAUUAAUAUCUAAUCACUACAACUUGCUAGAAUGGUUGAUGAAGGUUUCUACAAUGCGUAUUGUAUUUCCAUUCCACAAUAGAAAAGCAUUUCUUUUCUUUUUUUUGUUUCUUUAUGUUAAGUAUUCGAAAGAUAAAUGUUACAGUGAAGCACUAA